AUGAUUUGUAAUCGUAUUACAUCAAUCACACCAGUUUUCAAAUUAUUAUUUACAAAUGGUUUAUGUCGACAAAAGCUUAUAGUAAAAUAUCCUUCAAUGUUAAUAGCUCAUGCACAUGAUUUAACUGUUAAAAAGCAAAUAUUAGUAAAAGAAAAUGAGCACCCAGUUAAUAAAUUUGCUUUGAGGACUCAUACAUGUGGUGAAUUAAGAGUUCAAGAUGUAGGAAACAAUGUUCAACUAUACGGUUGGGUGGAAUUUUUAAGACAUAAUAGAUUCUUAAUAUUAAGAGAUUCUUAUGGUUCUACUCAACUUAUUAUACCAGUACAUAGGGAAGAUUUGCAAAAUAUACUUGAUAGUUUAACUCUUGAAAGUGUAGUAAGUAUAAAAGGUAUAGUUUUGAAAAGACCAGAUGAUCAAAAGAAUAAGCAAAUGAAAACUGGCGAUAUUGAAAUAGAAGUAGAGUCUUUGAAAGUUUUAAAUGCUGCAAAAUCAAAUCUCCCAAUUAUUAUUAGAAAGUAUAACACAGCAAAGGAAAGCACACAGUUAAAAUACAGGUAUAUAUCAUUGAGGUACCCUGAACUGCAAAACAAUUUAAGAUUACGCUCACAAAUUAUAAUGAAAAUGAGGGAAUACCUAAUUAAAGAAUGUGAUUUUGUGGAUAUAGAAACUCCAACAUUAUUUAAAAGUACUCCUGAAGGUGCUCAAGAAUUUAUAGUUCCAACAAGGAAUCCAGGACAGUUUUAUUCUUUAGUGCAAAGUCCUCAACAGUUUAAACAAUUACUAAUGGUUGGUGGCUUUGACAGAUAUUUCCAAGUUGCUAGGUGUUACAGAGAUGAGAAGUCUAGAUAUGACAGACAACCUGAAUUUACACAGCUUGAUAUAGAAAUGUCAUUUGUUGAUUGUGAAGGAAUAAUAAAUCUAAUUGAAGACUUAUUAGCAUAUUCUUGGCCUGAAAAAUUAGAAAAACUGAUUACUCCUUUUAAACGGAUGAAAUAUGAUGAAGUAAUGGCAUUAUAUGGUACAGAUAAACCAGAUUUAAGAAUACCACAACAAUUUCAUAAUUUGACAAAAUUAAUUGAUCAUUCAGCAUUAGAACAGAAUUUAAGAAUAAAAUGCGAUGGAAACUUCGAGAUUUAUGCUCUAGUUUUUUCUCAAAAGCAUAGUUUUUUCACAAAAUCUGCUAAAAAUACUAUUUCUGAACUGCAACGCAAUUAUUUUCCUUCUGUGAAAUUAAUACAAUCAACAAUAUCUAUCAAAUCAUCAGUAAUAAUGAACAUUAUUCCAGAAAAUGUGCAACAAGCGUUGAAUUUAAAAGAAGGAGAUGUUUUGUUUUUAGCUUGUGGAGAAAAACUUUCUACACAAUCACUAUUGGGAAAAGUACGUCUUGAAUUUACAAAUUUAUUGGAAAGUAAGGGCCAAAAAAUCCGUACCCCUGGAAAUGAAUUAUUAUGGGUUACUGAUUUUCCCUUAUUUUCAUUUGAUAGUACAACAAACUUAUUGGAAAGUAUGCAUCAUCCAUUCACGCAACCUCAUCCAGAUGAUAUGCAAUAUCUCACAGAAAAUCCACUGAAGGUUAAAGGAUUGCAUUAUGAUUUGGUUAUGAAUGGUUCAGAGAUCGCAGGUGGAUCAAUAAGAAUUCAUGAUGGAAAAUUACAAAGACAAGUAUUAAAAAUGUUAAAUGUAGACGAAUCACAUUUAAUGCAUUUGAUUGACGCUUUAGAAUCUGGUGCUCCACCUCAUGGCGGAAUUGCCAUAGGAUUAGACCGUUUAAUGUGUUUAGCGUGCAACAUAGAAAAUAUAAAAAAUGUGAUAGCAUUUCAAAAAAUAUUAUAUCAUAUACGAAUAAUAGAUCAAUAA